AACAAAGUCUGUUAUUUAAACACUUCUCAAAAAUCUUCCCAAAUACAUUGAUAACUGAAAUAGGUCUAUAAUUGAACAUAUUGUCUUUACUUCCAGAUUUAAAUAUUGGUAACACUAUGCUUUCUUUAAAUUGGCGAGGAAUUACUGAGGAUUUGAAUCUGAGGUUGAUAAUAUUACAAACUAUUUGUUGUAGCUCUAUGUUAUCCACUGGAGUUAGAAACAUAGAGUGAUCAAUGUUGACGACAUGAGGAUCUGAUGAAUCAAGAAUUGAGUAUUGAUCAAUUUGACUUGUUAUUUGCUCACCUAUAUCAACAAAAUAUUUAUUAAAAACACAGGCUAUAUCAGUGGGAGCGUCCAGCUGCUGAUUAUUGUGAUUAAUUGAUUUUACGUCAUUUUUUUUUAUUUUGCCAGCAUUAGUUACCUCAUUAAUAACAUCCCAGCUCUUCCUAUAGUUAUUACCAGCUAAAAUGAGUUUUUGUGUAUAAUAUUGAUUUUUAGAGAUCUUAAGAAGAUUAGUUACUCUGUUUCUGUAGGAGAUAUAGGACUGUCUCAGUAUCAAAUUAUCAUUAUCUUUCGUCAAACUCUGUUUCAACUCAUCCCUCUUCUUGAUCGAAGUAAGAAUACCGUCAGUCAUCCACGGCUUGCGUUUUCUAGUCUUACUAUUUAUUUUUAAAUAAUACGAUGAAUGAUCUAUGCCUUUAUAUAAUUCAUUAUAGAAGUUAUCAGUUGCUUUUUGGACAUCACUCUCUGAAAAAACACUGUCCCAAGUCACCACUUGCAAAUAAUCUGUCAACUUUUUCACAUCAAUUUUCUUAAAUUCAUAG